AUGCGGUUUUACGAAGUUGGUAUCGUGCUUGCACUCCUUGUCACUUCCGGACACACUAGGUCCGUUGGCAAGGGAUGCAGAGCUUCCAAACAAACAUCGGGAUCAGGGAAAGCGGCUUACUUCAUCACAAAUAAUGACAACAACGCCAACUCAGUCAUUGCCGUAUCCAUUGGUCGUGAUGGAAAGUUAUCUGGCGGAACUUCAACACCUGCUGGUGGCAACGGCGCUGUUUCCAUCGACGGCAGCACAAACGCAACUGCCUUGAAGGACGGGCUAGUUAGCCAAUCUUCAUUAAGCAUUGCCGGAAACAAUCUGUUCACCGUUAACGCCGGCUCCAAUACCGUCUCGAUGUUCGCCAUUGAUAAGGCGGAUCCUACGAAACUAACAAUGGUAGGCAAGCCAGUUGCAGUUCCGGGAGAAUUUCCCAACACGGUUGCCGCAUCGUCAAAGAAUCGUCUUGUCUGUGUGGGCAUGACCGGUGCUGUUGCAGGCAUCUCCUGCGCACCAUUCGAUGCUAAGAACGGCAUUGGCAAGAUGGAUAAUUUGAGAGCCUUUGACAUUGCUCAGUCGACUCCGCCGGUUGGGCCAACAAAUACUGUCUCUCAGGUAUUCUGGUCCAAUGACCAAAGUAAAUUGUUUGCAACUGUCAAGGGUGACCCUGCCAAGAACAAUACUGGGUUUUUGUCUACAUUCCCGAUUGACGGCUGCUCAUCUGGGCGCUCCAAGGCUGGAAUCAAGCUAUCUAGCACAGAAGAACGCAGUGUGGUCAAUGGCACAGCCGUUCUGUUUGGGUCUCUGCCAGUACCUAACUCGCAAGACAUCUUUGCAACUGACGCGUCUUUUGGGGGUGCUAUUCUCUCCGUGGAUGGGAACGACCAGGGCUCGCUUGCUGCGUCACAGGAGAUUCAAGGGCAGAAGGCUACAUGCUGGGUAACAAUUUCUCCAGCUACAAACUCGGCAUUUGUAACCGAUGUAGCGACUCCAAGGUUGGUGGAGAUGAGUCUGACCGAUGCAAAGAUUCUGGGUCAAGUCGACUUGGCUUCAACGGGGUCCGGUGGCAUGAUUGACUUGAGAGCAUCUGGCAACUUUAUCUAUGCCCUUUCGCCUGGGGAUAACAACACGAGCACAAAGGUGUUGGUCAUGGAUGUCACAGGAGGCAGCAAGCAAGCCAAGUUGGUUCAGAGUUUUGACGUGGCGCCGCUUGGAGGCGGUGCAACUUCUCAGGGCAUGGCUAUCCUGGAAUGA